CCUCCUCUUCUUCCCUUCAGGGCCGGCUGUGUCAGCCCCGCCAUGGCCCCGGCGGUCUGUGGGACACUCCUGGGGCUGGCCCUGUGCGCCGUCAGUGGUGCCACGUUCCUCUACCACGACUAUUGUGUCAUCGGGGCCGGCCCCGCGGGUUUGCAGAUGGCUUAUUUCCUCCAGCAAGCCGGCCGGGACUACAUCGUCUUCGAGCGGAGCCAUGCUCCCGGCAGUUUCUUCGCACUCUACCCUCGGCACCGCAAACUCAUCAGCAUCAACAAGCAGUACACAGGCAAGUUCAACAGCGAGUUCAACCUGCGUCACGACUGGAAUUCGCUCCUCAGCCACGACCGGCGGCUGCUUUUCCGACGCUACUCUCGCGACUUCUUCCCCAACGCUGACGCGAUGGUGCGCUACCUGGAGGACUUUGCUUCCCUGCUGAAGCUGCAGGUUCAGUACAACACAGCCAUCAUCCAUGUGACAUUGGAGAAGAAUGAUCAGGUCUGGAACGGCCAUUACUUUCUCCUGACCGACCAGGACAGGAAGAACUACAAGUGCAGCUGUUUGUUGGUUGCUGCUGGGACGUGGGUUCCCAAUGUGGUAAAUUUUCCUGGCUCAGAGUAUGUUGAGGGCUACGAGACUGUGUCCAUCAAUCCGGAGGACUUUGCUGGCCAAACCGUGUUGAUCUUGGGCCGAGGGAACUCGGCCUUUGAGACAGCAGAGAACAUCCUGGGCGUCACAAAUUUCAUCCACAUGGUGAGCCGGUCCCGCGUGCGCCUCUCGUGGGCCACCCACUAUGUCGGGGAUCUGAGAGCAAUUAACAACGGCUUGCUGGACACCUACCAGCUGAAAUCUCUGGAUGGACUUCUGGAAGGCGACCUAGAAGAUCUGGCCAUCAUUAAGGACAAAAAGGGAAAGCUGCACAUCACAUUGCGGUUCUACUUGGAGAACAGGAACAUCAGCACGGGCAUCGACUCCAUCACCCUCCCUCAGGAUGAACUGGACAAUUUUGCCACCCGCGCACCUUACGACCGUGUCAUCCGCUGCCUGGGCUGGAAGUUUGACUUCUCUAUCUAUAAUAGAUCCCUGAGAAUGAUGCCAGGAAAAGGGAAUAUUAAGAAGUAUCCUCAAAUCAAACCCAGCUACGAGUCUAGAGGCACUCAGGGGCUCUUUGUUCUUGGCACUGCUAGCCAUUCAGUUGACUUCAGGAAAUCUGCUGGGGGCUUCAUCCAUGGAUUCCGGUAUACAACUCGGGCAGUCCAUCGCCUAUUGGAAAACCGUCACCAUGGUGUCCCCUGGCCAUCCACAGUCUACCCUAUUACACAGCUGACCAAUUCCAUCAUCAAGAGGGUGAACGAGGCCUCAGGCCUCUACCAGAUGUUCAGUGUCCUGGCUGACAUCAUACUGCUGAGAGAGAAUGCCACAGCAUUUGAGUACCUUGAAGAGUACCCUAUUGGAGUCCUGGCCGAGCUGGAAAUGCAGACAGGAAGAAAGGCUCACAGUGGGCUCUUCGUCAUCAUCAUGGAAUAUGGAAGGAAUUUUUCUGGGGCUGACAAGGAUGUCUUCUACUACAACCGUGCUGUAGGAGAGGCACAGCAUGCCUGGCAGUCCAACUUUUUACAUCCUGUUAUUUACUAUUACAAACGCCUCCCAACAGAGAGUGAGAUGAGAAUCCGUCCCCCAGACUGGCCUCUGCCCCGGCCAGAUGCCAUCCAUCACAUCGUGGAGGACUUUCUGACAGACUGGACAGCCCCAAACGCUCACAUCCUGCCGCUGAGGCGGUUUUUGGAGAACUGCCUCAGCACCGACCUGCGCAAUUUCUUUGCAGAGUCCUGUUUCCUGUUUGCCUUCACCCAUCAGAAGCUGCCUCCCUCCUGCCAGCAGGGUUACGUGAGAAUGCAGGGACUGGUGGGGAGCCAGGAGCUCCGGCACCACGCGGUACAGGCUGGGCUGCUCCAGGAUUACCCUCACACAGAUUUUUUGGAUGACAGACCCUCUGACAGCCAUGAUGGGUCACAGGAGCAGCUGAUGAGAGAUCAUGGGAUACCAAUUCGUCCUCCGCAGCAUCUUGUCAAUGCCAAGGAUGAGCUUUAA